AUGACGGCUUACCAGGCGUUUCACGCUCAGUUGACGUCCGUCAUGGAGGCGCUGUCCAAAGCGGCGGUGGCGGAGAUCUGCGCGGUGGUGGAGGACAACUAUGCGGUGCUGCAGCUGGAGGUUUCCCGCAGCCGCAGCGAGAACGAGGCGCUGAGGAGGAAGCUGCGGGCGGUUGAGACCAUCCUCGCUCGGGGACACCGGGGAGGCGGCGCGAUGCUGGACGACAGCGGGCCUGAGGCAGAUGUCGGCGGGGGGAUGAUGGACUUCACCGUCGAAUGUGUUUUAUCAUCAGGAGCCGGCGUGAAAACUGCAAAUCCUUCAAGCCUGAAACGCUGUCACGCUUGGUUUUCUGCUUCAGACACGUCGACAGACGUGAACUCUGCCACCAAAGAGGAUCUGACGUCUGCUGCUGCUGAUGAUGAUGAAGCACAUGACCAGGAUGUGGUUGUGAUAAAGGAGGAGGCCGUGAAGGAGGAGGUGAAUGAUGAGGAGCUGCUCCUUAGCGAGGACGGGAUGGAGGCGCCGCUGUCGGAGGACAACAGCGAGGAGGGGCCAUCCGGGAUGACAAGCGCCGCCUCCGACCUGAGGUCGUGGGAUCAGGCCGGUAACAGACCUUCAGACAGCGUCAGUGCAUUGGAGUCUCCAGGUCCUGCGGAGGUCACGGAGGGCGACUCGUCAGACGUCGUGUUUGAUUUAGCGUCGGAGUCAGACUGUGAAGCCCCGCCCACUGCUCUGGUGAGGAAGCAGUUCUUUCUCAGGUCUGGAGGAGGAAGUCCGGUCUCAUGUCCUGGGACCUCUGAGCUGAAGGUCAGUGGCGCCGUUCAUUACGACACAGAGCUGGACCUCUGCUCCUCAUGGUCGAGUCAGAAUCUGGCGAGCGCGACGCCCAUGACUCAUCACCCGUUCCUUAAACCGGACCACCGCCCGACGCUGCUGGACAAAAUGUCUGACUUGAACACCGCGGGUUUCCCGUUGGCACUGGGUCUCGGCGGCUCCAGGCUGGACCCUCUGGACCUGAACAGGUACUGCAGGGACCGACGCUUUGCUUGCAGCUACUGUGGGAAAUGCUUCACGUCGUCGCGGAGCUUGGAGACGCACGUGCGCGUUCACACGGGUGAGCGGCCGUACAGCUGCGCCCAGUGCGGGAAACGCUUCACGCAGUCGGGUCACCUGAAGACGCACCAGAGCGUCCACACCGGGGAGCGGCCGUUCGCCUGUGAGCACUGCGGGAAAAGAUUUGCCGGGAAACAGAACCUGAGGAUCCAUCAACAGAAAAAUCAUCGGGGUCAACAGGAAGUCACCGCCGCCGCUAAUGCUGCUGCUGCUCAUCCUGGUGUGAUCCGCUGACACGUGGUUCUGUUAGAGACCCGGACACUGGACCAGAAUCUCGCUACUGUUAAUCUGACUGAUUUCUUUCUUUUUUUUCCAGAAAGGAAAAGUCUUUUUGUGAAGUGUGAUUGUUUGAGGCGUGACACAGAGACUGUGCUGUGAGCGCCCCCUGCUGCUGAGAACCAUUCAAACACAGAGACUGACUUAAUAAUCAAUGAUGUCUUCAGAACACGCCCACGUCUUUAUCUCACUGUGAGACAGACAUCUGUAAACCACUCACUCUCCCUGCACCAAACCUCUCAAACACUGAAGUGACAAAAUCAGACAUUUGAACUUAGUGAUGGAGGCAGCAGUGGAUCAACAACUCCUGUGUGUGUGAUGUUAAAAUCACUGAUUUUCUCUAUGAGGUUUGGUGUGUGAGAGUGAGUGUUUACAAACUUCUGUUCUGUGUGUGUGUGUGUGUGUGUGUGUGUGUGUAACUGUAGUUUUCUAAGUCGUCUGACAGAGAAACUGUGACACAAACAUAAACUCACGUUAAGACUAA